UGAGAGUAGGAGUUGGGGUCAGUGUGGGGCCCUGGCUUUGGCCAAAGGGGUGGGAGCCACCGGCUACGGGCGUCACGGUCAGAGUGACCAGCUAGUCUGACCCUUCAGAGACGCGCCACCUGACCUGCAGCCUUCCCCUGCUUCGGUGGGACGUCCGGGGUUUGGAGGGUGGGGAGGGCCGAGGCCCCCUGCGAAGUCGUCCCUGCAGCGUCACCUUAGUGAGCAGCCGGCUUCUCUGGAUGAUGGUGAGGGAGUCCAAGAGCACACACUUUACUCCCAGCCGCCGGGGACCCAGGAAGCGGGCUCAUGUUAAAGUCUUACUGAGUACCAUCCAGGCUCCGUCAUUAAUUCAUCAAGCACAUGUUUAGAUGUCCUGGGUGCCAGGCCCCACCCUAUACCCCAGAGCCCCCAGGGGAAUCAGGGAGAUGGUAAGAAACCUGUCAACACAUCACUGAACGGGAGAACUCCCAUCUUGGAAACUGCUGUGGAGACAACGGGGCACAGACGGGAUGGGCCGGAAUCAGGGGAGCACAGGAAGCGUCAAGGGGAGAACUGCCUGCAGAGGAACUGGCUGUUUCUGGAAGAAGCCAGAGAAGGAGGGAAUGACCGCUGGGCUCGUUGCUGCUGGGGCCCCGGAGCAAGUGACCUUUGAGGACGUGGUCGUGGACUUCACCCGGGAGGAGUGGGGGCAGCUGGAGCCUGCUCAGAGGACCCUGUACCUCGAUGUGAUGCUGGAGACCUUCAGGCUCCUGGUCUCCGUGGACCUGGAAACUAGACCCAAAACCAGACUGUCCUCUCCAAAGCAGGACAUCACGGAAGAAAGAAGCAGCAGUGACCUGGUGGAAAGGUUCCUGUGGGAAGGUCUGUGGGAUGCCGAGGGUGACAAUGCCGAGGGCCACUGGGGACAGAGUCACGAGAGCCAAGACAGCCGCAUGGUGCAGGCAGCCUUCACGCCUGUGAGGACCCCCAUGCAGCAGCAGCAGCAGCAGCAGGGGAAUGGGUUCGGGGAAAAUUUGAUUCUAAGCCCCCGUCUCCCACCUCAGGCGAUGACUCCUGAAAGGCAAGGCCUCCACAUGCUGGGGACACGCGUGAAGAGGGGGAAGCCAGACCCAGGGUUCAAUGCUCAACCAAAAACCUAUACAAAGGAGAAGGCCUACAAGUGCCAGGCCUGUGGAAAGGCAUUUAGUCACAGCUCAGCUCUUAUCGAGCACCACCGAACACACACAGGAGAGAGGCCCUACGAGUGUCACGAGUGCGGAAAGGGCUUCCGCAACAGCUCAGCGCUUACCAAGCACCAGAGAAUCCACACAGGCGAGAAGCCUUACAAGUGCACUCAGUGUGGGAAGACCUUCAACCAGAUCGCCCCGCUGAUCCAGCACCAGAGGACACAUACUGGGGAGAAGCCCUACGAGUGCGGCGAGUGCGGCAAGGCCUUCAGCUUCAGGUCCUCCUUCAGCCAGCACGAGCGCACGCACACGGGCGAGAAGCCCUAUGAGUGCGGCCAGUGCGGCAAGGCCUUCCGCCAGAGCAUUCACCUCACGCAGCACCUGCGCAUCCACACAGGCGAGAAGCCCUACGCGUGCGGCGACUGCGGCAAGGCCUUCAGCCACAGCUCAUCACUAACCAAGCACCAACGCAUCCACACGGGCGAGAAGCCGUACGAAUGUCGCGCGUGUGGCAAGGCCUUCACACAGAUCACACCGCUGAUCCAGCACCAGCGCACGCACACCGGCGAGAAGCCGUACGAGUGUGAUGAGUGCGGCAAGGCCUUCAGCCAGAGCACGCUCCUCACUGAGCACCGGCGCAUCCACACGGGCGAGAAGCCGUACGGGUGCAACGAGUGUGGCAAGACCUUCAGCCACAGCUCGUCGCUUAGCCAGCACGAGCGCACGCACACGGGCGAGAAGCCGUACGAGUGCGGCCAGUGCGGGAAGUCCUUCAGGCAGAGCACACACCUCACACAGCACCAGCGCAUCCACACAGGUGAGAAGCCGUAUGCGUGUGGCGACUGUGGCAAGGCCUUCAGCCACAGCUCAUCGCUCACCAAGCACCAGCGCAUCCACACGGGCGAGAAGCCAUAUGAGUGCCGCGCAUGUGGCCGCGCCUUCAGCCAGCUCGCGCCGCUCGUGCAGCACCAGCGCGUGCACACAGGCGAGAAGCCAUAUGAGUGCAGCUCGUGCGGCCGCGCCUUCAGCCAGAGCUCACUGCUCAUCGAGCACCAGCGCAUCCACACGAAGGAGAAGCCGUACGGGUGCAACGAGUGUGGCAAGUCCUUCAGCCACAGCUCGUCACUCAGCCAACACGAGCGCACGCACACGGGCGAGAAGCCGUACGAGUGCCCACACUGCGGGAAGUCCUUCAGGCAGAGCACACACCUCACGCAGCACCGGCGGAUCCACACAGGUGAGAAGCCCUACAUGUGUGGGGGCUGUGGCAAGGCCUUCACGCACAGCUCGUCGCUCACCAAGCACCAGAGGACUCACACCGCGUAGGCCCACCUCACACUGGCCAGGAUGCUGUAGAGCCCGAAGCCCCAGCUCGUCCCUUCUGGACCUGACCCAGCCGUCCUUGACGGAAACACUGGUACAAGCACACACGAGCCUGGGUGCCCGGUCUGCGGCCUGAACGCCCUCCAACCAAAGGGAUGGACAUGACUGCGGGAACCCAGAGCUCUAGGUCGCCCAUCCCUGGACAGCAGGUUGGAGGCAGAAGGGGAACGUGGAGUUCGUUCGUGUUGAGGGCCUUGUCAUGAGUGCCCUCUAAUGCCACAUCCCAGAAACUACAGGAAAAAGGGGGACAAAAUGUAGCCGAUCUGGAGAUGGCUUCUGUCCAAGGAUUCGAUAUUCCAAACUAGGAUUUUCAAAGCAUUGAGAAACCCCACAAAUGCGUUCUGUAUACAGGAACCGGAUACACAGAAUUUAUCAUUACUACGUGUGACGUUUUGGGGAGGGGUGCUUAUGGAUGGUACAGGGUGGCUCUAAGUUCCUCUACAGGACUCACAGGCAUUAGAAAACACACAUGUUGCUGUUCCACAAAAAAGGAAUAUUUUUCCUUUGUUAAGCCACCAUUUUAGCAACAAUAGUGCCUCCACAUUGAAACGUUACGUUUUGCAAGGUUUAUCUCUGUUGAGAAAUGUAUGAGUUAAUCUCUCAAUUGUUGUUCACUGAGUCUUCUUCCUGGUGUUUUAAGAAGCUUUUGUUUCUGUGUUAUUUAUCUUGAGGGUCCACAGUACUACAUUAAAUCCUGAAUCCGCUCA